AUGCCUGUGAAGAGACGCACUAGUCCAGGGUCCAAGUUUGUCGCCCUCGUCAGUCGGAAUAAACGUCACCUGGCCCUGGCGUUGGCGGCCAUCUUAGUGGUCGCCGUCGUCGCCGCGUCUGUUCUAGUCACAGUACAGAACACCCAAGAUAAGCUGGAUCACCGACAAGUCUGCAAUACCAGUGCCUGCUGGAGGAUAUCGCAGAGGCUGCGGCGCAGCAUGAACGAGUCCGUGGACCCGUGCGAGGACUUCUACGAGUUCGCCUGCCAACGCUGGGACGCCGACCAGGGCGGUCCGAUCUGGCAGAGCACGGCAGACACCAUCAAAAGGGAAUUCGGUGCUUCCAGGGACAACCUUCUGCAAGGUCGCUAUGCCGAGCCCAACAAAGCCGAGAGUUACCUCAUCAACUUCGUCGAACACUGCCAAAACGACAAACCUCGCAGCACCUCGGAGGGAAUGGACCCGGUGCUGGUGGAGCUCAAGUCGAUGGGCGGCUACCCGCUGUUCGAGCCGGAAUGGACGUGGGGCACCUACUGCUGGAUGCAGGCCGAGGCGCGGCUCGCACACAUGGGUUACAACCAGGCACUGCUUCAGGCGCGAUUCGACGUCGACCCCAAGAGGCACGGACGGAGAAUCCUUGUGCUCGGACUACAACCGCUGAUGUUCACGCGAGCAGUCCUUGACAAGGAGGAUACGGUGACGGGCAUUCGGACGUUCCUGCGAAACGUCGCACUCAGCUACAGGAAGUUGCACAAUGGCACUAAACAAUACGCCAACGAACAGCAGGACGUCGAGAGCCAGAUCACCGAAAUGUUCAACUUCUCCAGGGCGCUACUUGAGGAUCUAGAAAACGAAACUACUGCCAGCCAAAAGCCUCAAAGGAUGACGGUGGAGGAACUAUCAAGAAAAAUACCGGAGAUUAAGUGGCUCAAGUACCUGCGAAAGCUGACGUCACCCGCUCUACAGGAGGCCAGCUUACCGGAAUUUAAUGACACAGACAGUGUGAUGGUGCUCAACCUUGAAGCGCUAAGAGCACUGGCAAAGUUCCUUGGCAACUGCCGCCAGAACACACAUCAUGUAAGAGCGAUGGCAAACUACAUAGGCUACAAGUUCCUGAUAAACAGCGUUUUCUUUUCACCCCAACCGGAGAUCCGAGAGACAUACUACAACUACACCAUGCAGCAGGGAGUGCAAUUCAACCGUACUGCUAAAUGUAGGGAGCUCGUGGAAACAUUAAGGCUCGUCAGUUACCACCACUACUUCCGUACAAACCAGCACAAGUUUGAUCAGCAGAGAGCACUGGCAGUUCACAUGUUAGAUGAAGUGAAAGUACAAUUCAACGAGAUACUGAAAGCAGCAGCAUGGAUAGACAGUUCGACAAGGACCCUCCUGAUAAGAAAGCUUGCGAAUGUCAUGCCCUGGUGGGCUACACCGAGUGGCUUCUGAAUGCAACUAACUUAUACAAUUUCUACCAAAUGGAUAAAGCUCCAAAAACCAAUGGCCCAUUCCUUGAACGACUAGUGUACCACAGAGUACAAAAGUACAACCAGCAAGUCAAAGAGCUCUUCUUAGACAGAAAUCCAGAGAUUUGGCAAGACAUAAAUGCGGAAACUGUAAAUGCUGCCUAUCACAUACGAGACGUCAAUGUCAAGGUAUACGCUGGCAUGCUUUUGGAGCCAUUCUCAUACCUUGAUGUUCCAAUAUAUGUGAACUAUGGCACCCUAGGAUUUGUGGCUGGUCACGAG